AUGUGCCCAACUAAUUUGUGGUGUAAAUACAAUAAUGAUCCAGAAAAUUACAAGCACAAGCAUGGAUUAGCAGAUGCCAUUGUUGAGUUGCUUGAGCCCAUCUAUGAUGAACUCAGUGAUCCAUCCCUCCUUGUAAAAUGCCUCCACGGAAAGACCCAAAAUAACAAUGAAUGUUUGAACAAGCUAAUCUGGGAUCGCUGCGGUAAGGAAGUGUUUGUUGGCAACCAAACCAUUGAAGAUGCUACAUAUUGUGCUGUGGCUCAAUUUAAUGAUGGGAAUGUCAGUAUUAUGAAACAUUUUGACAAACUUGGCAUUACUCCAGGCAGGUUUACUUCAAGUGGUGUUGCUGUGGCCAAUGUGAAGCGGAUCUACUGGUCUGAUAAGAAAUCUUCGGAUGGGGCAAAGAAAUGA